CGACCGCCUUGGGUGAGCAUCUCCCCAGAAGGACCCGAAGAUAGCGGCGUCUUGUCUCACUCUUAUCACUUCUUCUCCCACUGGAAGUCCAAGUUAGGGAUAGAAAAUUGCCCAAGUUACAACUAUGGCAGACACGGAACAUCCCGCGGUGACCAAUUUUCGGAAUUAUGUGAAGAUAAAGACCGUACAGCCAUCCCCGGACUAUGUAAGCUGCACAGAGUUCUUACUCGAGCAAGCAAAGGAGCUUGGUGCCGAGUCCCAAGUGGUUGAGUGUGUCCCUGGAAAGCCGAUAGUACUGAUGAAGUUAGUGGGAGAAGACCCAUCCCUGCCAUCUGUCCUACUCAACUCUCAUACAGAUGUUGUUCCUGUUUUUCCAGAACACUGGAAAUAUGAACCAUUUAGUGCACAUAAAGACGAAAAAGGUGAUAUCUAUGGACGAGGAACCCAAGACAUGAAGUGUGUUGGAAUUCAGUACAUGGAAGCGCUUAAGGAAUUGAAGAAGAAAGGCCACAAGUUCCUUCGCACAAUUUAUCUUUCCUUUGUUCCAGAUGAAGAGAUUGGUGGUAAGAAUGGCAUGUUUGAAUUUGUAAAGACUGAGAUGUUCAAGAAGAUGAAUGUUGGAUUUGCCCUGGAUGAGGGCUAUGCCAACCCCACAGAGAAGUUCACAGUGUUUUAUGGAGAAAGAGCUCCUUGGUGGGUUUUGGUAAAGUGCCCUGGUCAGCCAGGUCAUGGCUCACAAUUCUUGCCCAACACCGCUGGUGAGAAGCUGCAGAAGGUUAUAAAUGCUUUCCUCAAGUACCGUACUGAACAGGAACUCAAAUUAAAGGAAAAUGAGGAUAUCCGGCUUGGUGAUGUAACAUCAGUAAACCUAACAAUAUUGGAGGGUGGAGUGCAGUUUAAUGUUGUGCCUUCGGAGCUUUCCGUUGGCUUUGACAUUCGUAUCACACCAACACAAGACCUUGGAGAAUUUGAAGAGAUGAUCAAGGGCUGGUGCAAGGCAGCUGGCAAAGAUGUCGUAUAUGAGUUUAGGCAGAAGGAUAUGUGUCAGAAUAUUACAUGCGUGGAAGAUGGCAAGUCUGUAUGGUGGGACACUUUCUCGGAAGCUUGCAGGAAAGAGGAUAUAACAAUUGAGAAAGAUAUCUUUCCAGCAAGCACUGAUGCCUGCUAUCUGAGAGCUCUUGGCAUCCCAGCGCUUGGGUUUUCCCCCAUGAAUAAAACGCCAAUCCUACUGCACGACCACAAUGAGUUCCUCAAUGAGAAGAUAUUCCUUCGUGGCAUUGAGAUCUACAUGACUAUUAUCCCAGACCUUGCAAACCUGAGGAACUGAACGAGCUUGCCAGAAGAGUGACUCUCCCUUCUCAGGAAUAUCUGCAUCUACUGUAAGUCUUCCAUUUGCUGCAUCCAGAUUUUGCUCUCAAGUAAAGUCUUCCAAGGGAGAUGAUUGUGUAGCUGUUUUGUCUACAGCAGCUUUAAGGAUUCAUAUAAACUUAUAUCUUUACAGUCUAUUUUGUGAGAGAAAAGAAAAGAUAAUACUUAUAAAAACAUUGAUCUUCCUGUA